UCGAGACUAUCAAGACCACUUAGUGGUAAACAUUGUUGGAAAUCGUAAAAUUUAAUAGUUUAUGGUUAUUAAUUUAUUAUAUUGUUCGUUCAGUUAAGCAGUGAAGAUAAAUCAACUUAUUCACAAGGUGAGCAACAAAAGUUACGUCCAGACUAUAUGCCACGGAUUUGCUUCGUACCAGGGUGUCGCACCCACAAGGACUACUACGAACGGGGUGUUAGCAUGUUCUCCUUUCCGCGCGAUCCCGACCAGCUGAAGGCCUGGAAUAGGGCCUGCUCACGUGAAGCGGACUACCAACCGCCACGGUAUGCGUGCAUCUGCGAAAAGCACUUCGAGGCCGACAUGCUGAAGGCAUCCGGUCGGCGGAUCUUGAAGGAGCAUGCCGUGCCAACAAAGUUUCUCGAUGGAUGGAAACCGGAAGUGGAAGAUAACGUUUCGAAACCAUUGUCUUCCGGUGGAGGAAGGUUAUAUGCAAGGGACGAUGGGUCUAACGCAUUAGAGGUUGAAGAAGUGUUACUCAAUGAAGCUGUGGAUAUGGAACUGGAGUUCUCGCCCUUGAAAGCGGAUAUGUUCUGCCGUGUAUGUGGAAUUAAAACUGAAGAGGACAGUACGUAUGCUUUGGAAGAGUUGCAAAAUGAACAACAAGUCGAUGAUGUGUUCAAAAUGUGUAUGUUGGAUAAUCAAACGCUCGAAGAAGCUACAUCAGUUUGUCUCGGUUGCUAUAGUGAAAUCAAAUCCAUAGUGAACUUUGUUCGAAAGUGUCACGAAGGACAACAUAGGCUUCUAGAUCAGCUAAGUGAACAGAUGGAGGUGCCUAUACCUGAGCAAAGCGAAGAUGACGAGGAAGACACAGAGUACAGUGACGAGACGACCAACCAAAGUAACGAAGAUGACUUUGGAAAGGAAGAAAGGAAAAUUGCUCGUAUGGAUCGAUACAUUGACAAGCUGAUUGUUAAAUACAAAUAUGCCAGAGAUAGACCCGGGGUAACGAAAACCUGGGAAUGCUUCGACUGUGGUGAGGUGUUUCAACGUCGUAAUCACCUGGCGAAGCAUCGAAACGUAUGUACGUUGGUCGGAAGUGAAGACUCGAAGCGACGCGGACCGUUUCGCUGUGAGUUGUGUGAUAAGCUUCUGAGCACACUGCCUGGCUAUCGGUAUCACCUUAUGAAGAUGCAUGACAGCAACGUGGAAGAUGACAACUAUCCGGAAGAACUACGCUCCUUAAAAUCUAACAAAGUCGUCACCUGUCCAAUUUGUUCGGAAAAGUUUGCCACAGCGGCCAAGCUGAGAUACCAUCUGCCCAGCCAUAAAAGUACCAACCAGGGACGUGAUUCCGAGGGUAAAACCGGCGCGACUCAAACGUCCAGCAAUGCCAUGUGUACUAUCUGUGGCAAAAUGAUUUCCAGUCCCGCCGCUUUGGAGGUUCACAUGAAGUUCCAUUUGAAGCAGAAGGAUUGGCAGUGCGACCGGUGCAACAAACAGUACUAUACAAAGGCAGAUCUGAAAAAGCACGUUUUGUCCGAACACGAGAGGAUAACUUACACGUGUGAGAAUUGCGGCAUGGUCCUGAAAUCAAAGAUCACUUACACACGCCACAAGCGUAUACAUGACGUGUCCCUACAGAAGGCGUGCAGUUACUGUCCAAAGAGGUUCACCACUACAAAUUCGUUGAACAAGCACGUCCAACGAAGGCAUCGGCCGCAAGAAAUGGUGCUAUCCGAAGAGACUCAAGAACAUAAACAAAUGCACGGCAACCGAGAAGCUCGUUGGGAUAAGUACGAACAGGAAGAAACCGGUGUGUACCAGGACAUCAUCGAAGAAGAAGUCGUGUCCGAAGCUGAGUUGACCAUAGAAGUUGAUUCGAAGAACGGCAUCAAACAGGAGGCAGUGAUGGUUGUUGAAACAUUCGAAUAGUAGUAAGGUAAAUUUAUUUGUGAUGCAAAACUAUUUAUAACGCAAAAAUAGACAAUGGAGCUACCUAGUUCAAAGGACCUGUGUGUCCACAUAUCAA